GUUAUGGGACUCAUAAGUCCAGCUGGAGUUUCUCAUCAGACUCCGGCUGAGUUUUCUCUGUCGUCUCUCAGCGGUGCUCUGGAUUCGGGUGGAUCGGUCAGCAGCAGCUGCUCUCAGCGCAUGGAGCCCCUGUCCAGUCUACCUGCCCUCUCCAACCUGCCCAGCCCACAGUCCUAUGUCCCGGCCUCCUUCUACAGCAUGGAGCACAGCGCCCCCUACCAGUACAACCAGUACGGGCAAAGUUGCAGAGGAAAGCUGUGUGGAUUUGGAGCGGUGUGUGAGAGAGACCCGACUGACCCCUCUAAAGGAGAGUGUGUUUGUAAGAAGAUUGUAUGCACGUCUGUGGUGGCGCCGGUGUGCGGAUCUGACUCCUCUACCUAUUCCAAUGAGUGUGAGCUGGAGAAGGCCCAGUGCAAUACACAGAGACGCAUUAAGGUGAUGCGCAAAGGCCCCUGUGCCCUGAAGGACCCAUGCAGUGAGGUGACCUGUAGCUUUGGCAGCACCUGCAUCCAGUCAUCCGACGGUCUGUCCGCCAAGUGCAUGUGUCCUCUGAGUUGUGAGAACGUCCCCAAGCACGUGGUGUGCGGCAGCGACGGCCUGGACUACCAAAGCGAAUGUGAGCUCCACAUGAAAGCCUGCGCCACUCAGAAGAACAUCCGUGUGCAUCACCAAGGCCGCUGUGAUCCUUGCAGUGACACUCUGAACAGCUUGAGUGUGGCCUGUCGGGUGAACCCAAAGACCUACAAGCAGUUUACCUUCGCCCCAGCCGAUUCCUGCCCGCCCGACAGUACACUCAUCUGCGCCAGCGACGGCCACACUUACUAUAGCGAGUGUCAGAUGGAGCGGACGGCCCUGCAGAACAACCUGGAGCUCAAGAAGGUCUCUUCAGGCAGCUGCAAGGAGAAAGGGGGCUGCCCGAACGGUUGUAAGUUCAACGCCAUGUGUUUGCUGGAAAACGGAGAGUUUCAGUGUUCCUGCGACCCCAUACAAUGUGACGGCACGUACAAGCCCCUGUGCGGAAAGGACGGAAAGACAUACCCCAACGACUGCGAGAGGAAACUCGAAGAGUGCCGGACCGAAACAGACAUCCCCAUCAAGCAACAAGGGCCCUGUGAUCUUAACCUGGAGAGCCCCUGCCUGAAGAAGACCUGCGAGUUCGGAGCCGUGUGCGUGGUUAAGAACAGCGAGCCUGUGUGCGAAUGCUCAGACGCUUGUCCACAGGACCAAGACCCUGUUUGUGGCAGCGACGGGCACACUUACAGCAGCUCAUGCCAAAUGAAGGCCAUGGGAUGUGCCCUUCAGAAAAAGAUACAGAUGCAGCACAAAGGACCAUGUGCAGAUGAGUCCUGCAACAACUGCUCGUUUGGCGCGAUCUGCGAUGCUCAGACUGGCCGGUGCGUGUGCCCCAAAGGGUGUUUGGAAACACGGCAGCCCGUGUGCGGCAGCGACGGGAUGACGUAUGAGAACGAGUGCAAGCUAAAUGUGGAAGCCUGCACUAAGCAGCUGGAUCUCAGAGUGGUGGCCCAUGGAGAAUGCAAAACCUGUGGCAGCACUGUGUGUAGCUGGGGAGCACGGUGCGUGCAGAACCAGUGUGAGUGUCAGCAGUGCACGGGUCAGCCGGUGAAACCCGUGUGCGGCAGCAACGGCAACACCUACAACAACGACUGUGAGCUGCGGCUGGCCUCCUGCAAGAAACAGAGGAAGAUUGAGGUGGCCAAACUUGGCGUCUGUGAUGAAGACUGCGGUUCAGGAGGCUCAGGUUCAGGAUCUGAAACCUGCGAGCAGGAUCGUUGUCGACGAUACGGCGGAUCAUGGGAUGACGACACAGAGGAUGACCGCUGCGUGUGUGACUUCAACUGUCAGACAGUGCCGCGCAGCUCAGUGUGCGGCUCUGAUGGGAACACAUACACCAGCGAAUGUGAGCUGAAGAAGGCCAGGUGUGAGAAGCAAAUGGACUUGCUGCUCCAGAGCCAAGGUCCCUGCUCAGCUAUCAUAUCAGCUCCUACAGAGCUCGUCGCCUCCCAGCACUGUAGCGAAACUGUUUACGGAUGCUGCCAAGACAAUAAGACCGCUGCCCUGGGUGUUGGACUGGCUGGGUGUCCUAGUGUGUGUCAGUGUAAUCAUUACGGCUCAUACGGAGUCACCUGUGACCCGUCCACUGGCCAGUGCUCCUGUAAACCCGGCGUCGGGGGACUCAAGUGCGACCGCUGUGAGCCCGGAUUCUGGAACUUCCGAGGCAUCGUUACAGAGAACAUGAGUGGCUGCACACCGUGUAACUGUGAUGGAGUGGGUUCGGUUCGUGACGACUGUGAGCAGAUGUCAGGGCUGUGCUCAUGUAAGCCUGGAGUUAAGGGCAUGAAAUGCAACAUGUGCCCCGAUGGCAGCAAGAUGGGAGCCAACGGCUGUGACAAAGGACCCGAGGCACCCAAGUCCUGUGAUGAGCUUGUGUGCCACUUUGGGGCAUCAUGUGUGGAGGUGAACGGACAGGCUCACUGUGAGUGCCCGUCGCCAGAUUGUGAUGAGAAAAACAAGACCAAGGUAUGUGGUUCUGAUGGGGUCACCUAUGCAGACCGAUGCCAGCUGAGGACCAUCGCAUGCAGACAAGAUAAAAAGAUCACUGUGGAGCAUUUAGGCCAGUGCAAAGAAUCCAUUGAGCUGACGGCCAAACCCACCCCCUUCCCAACCACCCACCGCACCACCCCUCCCACCGCUCACGUCAAGAUCACCAAACAGCGCCAUGGCCACACCACCACCACUACUUCAAGCAUUCUCAAGGAUCUGGACAGCUUCGUGGUGGAGGCACUGCCUCCACCGAAGGUGGUCGAGGCAGGAAAUUACUCCAGCUCUUUCACCACCCACCGCCCCACCACACUCAACAAACCACCCCGCACCUCAUCCCCACCCCUGGACUCCAGCCCUGACUUUGACGAAUCGGGCAGUGGAGAGCCCAGUGGGGACGACGAGAUGGUGAGCGGAAUGGAGGAGAGCGGAGAAGAGCCACUUGGUACAACAGUAGCAACUACCACUCUUCCCACAGCCGAAGAACGGUCUUCCUGUGACAACACACCUUUCGGCUGCUGUCCUGAUGGGAAGACGGCCGCCAUCAGCUCUAAGAAUACAAACUGCCCCUCCACCAUGCGUUUCAGUGGCUUCCUGCACCUGGAUAAGGUAGAGGGUCAGGAGGUCUUCUACACGCCUGAGAUGGAGGACCCCAAGUCAGAGCUGUUCGGCGAAACGGCUCGGAGCAUCGAAAGUGCUCUGAAUGAGUUGUUCCGCAAGUCAGAUGUCCAGAAAGACUUCCAGAGUGUCCGUGUGAAGAAUCUGGCCCCCAGCAACUCCAUAAUUGCCUUUAUCGAGGUUCACUUUGACCCAGACACAAGGUUCAGUGUGGAGGCUAUUGAGGGAGCCCUUCUCAAACAGCUCAAGGCGUCUAAAGACACUGGUAUCGUUGUGAAGAAACCUGAGGAAGAGAACAUCCGCAUCACCACCUAUGGUCUUUCAGCUGUUCCUUUCUUCACCACCACCACGACCACCGUAGCGUCAGUCACAACUCCCACCACCACUACGCUGUCUCCCACUUCUGCAUUUACCACGCUCCACCCAACCACCACCAGACGGCCCUUCACCAGCCGCAGGACCACCACAGACGCACCAGCCACCACCACUCCAUCCAAGGCCCCCACAACCACAGUCUCGCUGAAGAACAGACUGGCGGUCCACGGCAAAAGGCCGUGCGACUCCCAGCCCUGCCGUCACGGUGGAACCUGCGAGGAGGAGGACAAUGACUUCACCUGUAUCUGUCCUGCAGGAAGAGGAGGAGCUGUGUGCGAGAAAGUUAUAAAGUACUUCAUACCAUCCUUUGGUGGCAAGUCUUACCUGGCUUUCCGAACCAUGAGGGCCUACCACACUGUGCGAAUUGCCAUGGAGUUCAGAGCUUCGGAAAUGACAGGGAUAUUGCUGUAUAAUGGCCAAAAGGGCAAAAAGGACUUCUUGUCUCUGGCACUGUUUGAGGGACAUGUGGAGCUCAGGUUUAACACUGGUUCUGGGACGUCUUCAGUGAUCAGUAAGGUCCUGGUAAGACCGGGUCGCUGGCAUCAGCUCGUAGUAGUGCGUAACAGGCGUAAUGCCAUGCUGAGCGUGGACAAUGAGCCGAGCGUUGAAGGACAAAGUCCCCCAGGAACAGAUGGACUCAACCUGGACACAGACCUUUUCAUCGGAGGAGUGCUUGAAGACAUGAUACCAGAUGUAAAGGAGAGGACGUCAGUUUCCACAGGCCUGGUGGGCUGCAUCCGCAUGCUGGACGUCAACAACUUGUUCUAUAACCUGCAAGAGAAUGGCGACAGCGUUUUGUACGGCUCAGGCGUGGGUGAGUGCGGCAACAAUCCAUGCAUGCCGAACCCCUGCAAGAACGGAGCCUCCUGCCAGGUCAAAGAAGCCGAGAUGUUCCACUGCAAAUGUGUCAAUGGUUUCUCUGGUCCAACCUGCGCUGACACCCACAACCCUUGCGACCCCAAUAAAUGCCACCCGUCAUCGCGGUGCCAGGUCCUUCCGGAAGGAGGUUACAAAUGCGAAUGUCCAAUGGGACGUGAAGGCAAGCACUGUGAAAAAGUGUCAGACAAGGGAGGUGCUUUCAUUCCUUACUUUACUGGAGAUUCUUUCCUGGAGCUCAAGGGCCUUCAUCUCUACGGCCAGGAUCUGAGGCAAAAGUUCAGCAUGACUGUGGUUCUGUUGGCCAAUGACUCCAAAGGCAUGAUCUUCUACAACGGUCAGAAGACUGACGGCAAAGGAGAUUUCAUCUCUCUCUCCCUGAAUGAUGGUAUCCUGGAGUUUAGAUAUGACCUGGGCAAAGGACCAGCUGUCAUUAGGAGUAAAGAAAAAAUCAAGCUGAACGAAUGGAGCACAGUGAAUCUGGAGAGGGCCAGCAGAAAAGGAGAGAUCAGCAUUAACGGCAAAGACCCCGUCAGAGGAGAAGCGCCGAAAUCACGCAAGAAUCAGCACACAGAUCUUAAUCUGAAGGAGUCGCUCUUUGUGGGCGGAGCCCCUGAUUUCCGCAAAGUAGCCAGAGCUGCUGCGAUCAAAGAUGGCUUCAAAGGGGCCAUUCAGAAGAUUACUCUGAUGGGAAUUCCAAUCCUGAAAUCUGAUAACGCCCUUCACUCCAGUGAUGUGUCCAUGUAUCCCUACCACCCCUGCUCCAAAGAUGUUUGUGAGAACGGAGGCCGCUGCAACCCUCUGUUGGACAGCUACGAGUGCAUCUGCCGCCACGGAUUCACUGGACAGCACUGCCAGGACGCAAUAAUCGAGAAAUCUGCUGGGGACACCGAGGCCAUUGCGUUCGAUGGUCAUACAUUCAUUGAAUAUCACAACGGAGUCACCAAGAGCGAGAAGGCCCUGCUGGUGAAUAAAUUUGAACUGAGCAUCAGGACUGAGGCUACUCAUGGUCUGAUUUUGUGGAGCGGCAAGGGAGUGGAGCGAUCCGAUUACAUCGCCCUCGCAAUUGUGGACGGCAAUGUGCAGAUGACCUAUGACCUUGGCUCCAAGCCUGUGGUGCUGCGCUCCUCUGUACGGGUCAACACCAACCGCUGGAUGCAAAUCAAGGCCAGCAGAGCGCUCAGAGACGGCUCGCUGCAGGUUGGUAAUGAGGCAGCUGUCACUGGGUCAUCACCCUUGGCUGCCACACAGCUGGACACAGACGGCGCUCUCUGGUUGGGUGGUCUGGAGGAGCUGUCCGUAGCUCGCCGGUUGCCCAAGGCUUACAGCACAGGCUUUGUCGGCUGCGUGAAAGACGUGAUAGUCGACGGGGUGGAACUGCAUCUGGUUGAGGACGCCUUAAACAGUCCCAAAAUUGUACACUGUUCUGCCAAAUAGGCUGUCACCACGUUCCUCCCAACACCAUGUCUACUGCUGUAAUUAUUUUUUGUAUACUUUUCUUUGCCUUUUAUAUUGGAAAAAUUACAUUGUUUUAAUUAUAAUUUUGUUUUUUGGUUUGUUUGUUUUUCUCCCCAUCAUUGCGUCCAACAAUAAUCAAGUCACCAGUCAGCGAACAUGGUGUCACAAGACAAGCAGAAAGUCGUAUUGCAUCUGUCCUGUUUCUAUGACAAACAACAGAACAUGUACUUGCUCAUUACUUGAACAGUGGCAGAUGAGGUUGGUGCUGUUUGUGCCGUCUGGAUUGCCUUCUCUCGUCCUGUCCAGCAUUCACUAUACAUUCCUCUGAGCUGUUGCUGUGGUCCAUUACUACGUUUAAAAAAGGUCUAAAACAUGGCUUUCCGCUUUAUCGACACGACAGCAACUGUUAAAAACACUGAGCAAGACUAUGUAUGAUAUUCCUCAUUUAUGAUACCACUAACAAGGACGAAAGCUCGAAACUUGGAGUACUGAUAGUAGCUGACGUAACAUUUAGCAUUCCUCAAAAUUCACCAUUGUUUUUUUUUUCCAAUGCAAACAUCAUUGACCUGUGAGAUGUAAUAAAUAGUAACGAAAUACAUGAGACUGUGAAUUUUGAAGAUGCUAUUUUUUGUUGCAAUCAUUCGUCUCAUGUGUUGUGCAUAUCUAAAUAGCAAUUACAUAUAUAUAAAUAUACUAUAUGACCACUUGUUGCAUGCAUCUUUUUAAGUGUUGCGUUGAUUUUGCCUUGGUUUUCUUGAUCUUCAUUAUUCCAUUCAGGGCAGAAAUGUAGCUGACUACAUUGCAAUCUUGACAUCUGAUCAUUCAAGUUGGGAGAUAUUGAAAUUGUAUAUAUAUAUAU